AUGAUGAUAACUCGAGAAGACACGGAGAUCAAGGACAUUCAACCCAUCAUGAUGGCUAUCGAAUGCAUGGAAAAGGAGACUACAGAAACUAUCGUGCGAACAGUCAACCCUGGAGAAGUCAAGCAAGGAAACAAGAGCCACAACAUAUUGAACGGCAAAGUAUCCGUGACUGCGCAAGUCUAUAUCACCGUCAAAAAAUCACCGUCAACUCCGAUUUCUGAGUUGAUAGAAGUGGCGAGCCAAGUGACCGAGAAUUCAAAGGCCAAAUCAAGCGAAGAGCCGAAGUGUGAAACCGCCCAAAAACCAGUGCCUUUUCGAAUCCCCAAGAAGACACAGAAACCAGAAGUGCGACUCGUCGAUCAGAUUCUCGGAAAUGAGACGUUUGUUCAAUCUCGGAUGAAACUGCCACAAAGCGAGCCAUUAGAUCACGCGCCACUCUUCUACUCAACAAAAAGACGUCACCGGGACACUGGGCGUGAAGUGGCCAUCAAAAAUUUGUCACUUGAAGGAGAGAAGCAAGGAUUUCCACUGAGUGCGAUUCGGGAGAUUAAGACUUUGCGCUUGUUGAACCAUCGAAAUGUGGUGCAAUUACUCGAUGUGGCCACGGACUCAAACCAAAAUAUUAGGAAUCCAGAAAGCGAAAUUUUCUUGGUCUUCGAGUACGUGGAACAUGAUUUGAAAGGGCUACUCGAAUCUGACUAUUUGCAACUUAACUUCAUCCAAGCGGCAGCAAUUGUUAGAAGGAUUAUUAUACUCAAUAGGGGCAUUCUCAAGUUGGCAGAUUUUGGAUUAGCGCGGCAAAUUGAUCCGGAGAACACGCGCCCAUACACGAAACAAUAUAGAUAUUUGGAGUGCCGAGUGUGCGGCUCGAUGAUCUCAAGGGUGUGGCCAGGUGUAACUCUUCUUCCAUCCUACAAUAUGGUUCCGAAGCAACACUUUGAGAGACGAUUGAGGGCAAAUAUUCAAAAAUGGAUUCCGGAAGGUGCCGCUGAUUUAAUCGACAAGAUGUUGACUCUAGAUCCAUCAAAGCGACUAACGUGCAGAGAAGCCCCCGUGCAUUCGAUUCAUCGCCGGCAUCAAUUACAGUCGUCUGGAGCCUCCCGUUUUGCCGGC